CGAACGGCCAGCUAAUGCUUUUUAAAUCGCGGAUGGACGCGCGCACGUUCGUGGACGAUUAUUUUCAAAGUCAUUGCUUCCAACUAGGAGAAAGCGAAGCGUUGGCAGUUGUUACGUGCGACCAGCGAUCCUCCUGCCACGCGGAUUAGAUUAAGUGUUAUCGUGCCGCGAAAACACGAAUCAUUCUCGCGGCGAUGAAGAUGAUCUGAGCGGAAGAUAGAAGCGGAAUUGAUGAGCGUGGCCGAUGGCCGAUAUCCGAGGAGGAAUUUCACGAUUCCGUCACGUUUUCGCCUGGCCAGGAUUAAAAAGCCGCACGCGGAGAGAAAUCGUCGUCACUCGUCGUUGUAGAAUAAUAUCGUCGUGAACCGCGGCUGCCCGAGCGCAAACUCCACGUUUCCCCUCGGAAGAAGCGCAUUAUUGCGUGCGCCAACUCGAUUACAGGCCAUUCGACGACGUCCUGCUCAACGAUUAUACGUCGAGAAUCGCGGCUGGCUGCUACGGAAAUCGAGAGAAAGAUGAUGCAAAAAAGACUUCCCGCGCGAAAGCUCCUCUUAACGAUAUUACUGGCGACGUGGGGCAUCUCGAUCGUCGCAUCAUCGACGAGCAGGGAAAGGCGGCACGUCGGCGUGGAAGAGGCCGUUCAUCGAGGGGGGAGGACGUUGGCCGGCAGUGACAGUUUCAAGUCAUCGACCGGCAGAGAGAACGAGAUAACCACGGAAAUCGGUAGGAAAGUGUCGCACAGAUUGAUCGGUGGCCACUUGAGAGCCACGGAUACGAAGCAAGAAGAAGCUUUCUGGGACGACGACAUCCUCCUAUCGUCGUCUGGGAACGGGAAGGAGGGGAAGGCCGGGCGCAAGGACGAGGACGACGAGAAGAAAACCCUCUCCCAACAGGUGAAAGAGGGUAAAUACGGCUUGAUCCAGAACGAGAUCUACGGGACCGGUUCCCCCAAACGGCCGGGGAUAAUCAGCUAUCUGGGUAACCCGGAGGUGCCCAAGGACACGAUAGAGAAUCUGGGUGGCCUCGACGAGGAAGAGAUUUGGCUGGCGGAGAAUCACGUGCUCGUGUUGAGGGGAGGGAAAUUUCCCGGCCACGAGGCGACCAGCACAGGGGACAACGUGCACACCUGGCCACCGAUCGACGAUUACAAGGCGCCCAGGAGGCAGGUCAAGAUACCGUCCAAACCGAAGGUACCGCCACCGUUUCCGGUACAACUCUCGGAAGGUGGGCCCAUACAGAUCAUCGGCCCGAACGGGACCAAGGAAAUCGGGCCGAACGGGACCGUCGACUACGGCAAGGACUCGUUCCUCACCAAGGGAUUAUUAUCCGAGGAUGACCCGUUUUUCACGGUUAUCGUCAACGGGAGCGUGAUAUCGACGUCCGAUUCGAGGAACGGGUCGUCCGAGGAAGGAAAUUUGAGCGGAAAGGAGAAGUUAUCCGAUGUUUUACCACCUGCCGGUCUUCCACCUUUUUAUCACGCGAUACCGCCCGGAGCUGUCUUCGUACCACCGCCGGCCAAUAAUCAAUCGGAUUACGACGAGGAGGAUCAAUCCGUCUACUAUCCACCCCCGUACAGUUUCCAUUAUCAGCAGGACAACGCGACCGCGGUACCGCCCGGCCCAUUGGUACCGGGGAUCAUUCUGCCACCCCCGCCAGAUUUCUUCUCCGCCCUCGAGGACAAGAGGACCACGACGAAGAAGUACACGACGCAGAGACGACCCGAGACCACGCCCUUGCCGAGGCCAAGGCCCACCUACCUACCGCCCAGAAAACUCACCACGAAGCAGUACAAGAGUACGACGACUGAUGCGAUACCGAUCGCGAAGCAAGGAUCGACGCCCGUCACGGACAAUCGCCCGUCAUUGGCCGUGAGCAAAGUGUUCGGUAGAAUAACGUCGAGGAAAAACUUUACGGACGCGGUUGGAACGAAAUCGGGGGUGAGGAGCAAAUUAAGAACGGUCCCGUACGUGGAUGUUACGACGUCGGCGCCCGAUAAAUCUACCACGCUCGAGAAUCCCGAAGAAUUGUACAACGUUGGCCCGUUGGCGGAGAAUCGGGAGAACGAAGCUUGGUCGGGCGUGGUAACGAGUAAAACGAUUCCGAUAAUGGCCUACUACGCCACGUCGACGCAGUCCACCUUGGAGAGACCCGUGGAAGUGACGCCGGCCUCGAUAAAGAGUAUCGUUACUACUACGGAUAACCCGCAACGGUCUCACAACGGUCAAGCGUCGUACUAUUUUUACGAGGAAUCGAACGACGAGCAACCCCUCCGCACGAAUCCGGUUUAUUACGAAACUACAACGGAGUCGCCGUUUUUCGAGACGCGACCACGCGAGGGUGUCGAGGGGAAGAGGAAACAAUAUUACAGGGUGGAGACGGUUCCGUCGGGGGACACGUCGUCGUCACACAAGGAUUACAACGGUAUUAGGUUCAUAGGCUCGCCGGCGAAAAAUUCUGGGCCAAUUCGUUACAGCGAGUCGACGAUCGCGCAAAGUUCAUCCAAGUACAGCAGCGAGAGCAGCUCGGCGAGAGCUCACGGUCAACGCAUGUUACCUGAUCACGCGCCUCUUUACUAUCAGACCGUACCCGCUCCCCGUCCACCCGUCCCCGUGCAGCCGUCUUAUUCUUACACCAGCUCGAAGCCACCGCAGGCUUAUUACAGGCAGGAGGCGAAACCGAAGCCGAUUUAUCAGUACAGCUUCGAGGCGGCCGAUUAUUCGAAGCGAAGCGGUAAUCAGAGGCAGCAGGUUGAGGCGUAUCGAAACGAUUAUCGAAACAUUCGAAUCGGGGAGGAUUACAAUAAUGGACCCAGAUACGACUAUGACGAGUCGAUGCCCCAAAAGAGAAUUAGAACGGAGGUGUACAAGAACCAGCAUCCGAUCUUUCAAUCGACCACCACUUCUCACUCGGUGAUAAGCAGUACGGAAAAUCCUCAACAAGUUUAUUACACUCGUCACGAGGAGAAGUUGCUGGACGAUGUCACGAAAGAGUAUUUCACGAUCUUUGGAAAGAAGAUUGGAAAGAAUAUACCGAGCACCACUCCCUUGUACUCCAACAAAUUGAAGAGCGUAACCGAAACACCGAGUUACAACGGUUACGCGGAGAAUUUCAAGAGCCCUGAACCAUCCGUGUACAAGAUACCCAACGUUAAGGUGCACUACGGUGACCAGUCUCAAAAGCCGUACUCCCUCAAAGAGGACAUUCUCGUCAACGAAAGGCAACCUCUGCCCCCGAUCAAUCCCGACAGCGAGUUUAUCACCGUGGUCGAGCACAACGAUCAGCGACAACCGUCCAACUAUGGAAUACACGAUAACAACCAAUCAGGUGACAAUCGACCGUUGGCAGCGAUUCGCGCCUAUCCAUCCCAACCGCUCGUGAAUCAAAGGAUCGGGCCGCCCAACAACAACUACGUACCGGUGGUCGAGUCUCCCGAAGAAUUGGACGACGUUGCUUACCCACAACUACCCAUAUCUCUGGAAGACGACAUCAAAGUGAACUACAGGGAUCCACGACCCACCAUAAAUCCCGACGCGGAGCUCAUCAAUCUGGAGGACGAUAUAAAAGUGAACUACCGCGAUCCACGACCUACCUUAAACCCAGACGCCGAAUUCAUCGAGCCGAUCCCUGCGCGCGAGAACCAGCCGGAAAAACCGAAGGCCUAUUUCGCGUACCGAUUGCCAGGCGAUGGCGGUCACUUUUACUUCCUAACGCCGCAGGCGAUCGCGCAGAGGCCGGAUCAUAGCGCCGGCCACCUCUACUCGAGAGUGGGAACGAGGCUGCCUAGACGUCGACGGAGGCCGGGCAACGUGUGAUACUUUGUACGCGGCGAGGCAGCCAACGUAAUGCCAUAUAUUAAUCAUCGAGGACGCACGAUGGAAAUGCGUGUCAUAUAGAACGCAACGCGUGAAUCAAACGACCACGACGAAACGUUCUGUACCGUUACUAGGAUAUUUAUUGUACGUGUAAAUAUAUAUAACGUGUAUCUCUUGUAUGUAUGAUUAAGAUAGAUGAUUAUCGACGCCUCGUUUAUGCUAUAUUAAAUGCUUAAUUUAUGCGAUCUAACUCUAUCCCCGCUUUAGAGUGUGUGUGGAUGUGUGUGUGUGUAAAUGUUAAACGCCGCUCGUGUGCGACGAUAGGUAAGCGCGGGUCCUUUUGAAAGAAAAUCGUGUACUCGCGCGUUGUCUGUGAUUAAUGAUCGAUAGUAAACGCGUAUUGUGUACAUAUAAUUAUGAUUGACGAUAUUUAGAUUCUGUCGUAGAGCGCACAGAGUGCAUUUUUAUAAAUCGUUAAACAAAAUAUGUUAUAACCGAUGCAUGCAUGGAAUAUAAACAUUGUUUGUACCAAGUUUCCCCCCUUUGUGUAGAAGAAAAAUAAUUAAUAAAGAUAUUACAUAUCGAUAA